UUUUUUUGCCAUCAACAGAGGCAGGAGAGAGGAGGUGGUUUUUAGCACCGCUUCAAGAACCAGAGAGAAGACAAGAUAUUCAGCCGGUGUGAAAAUCAUGGACGAAUACGACGAUUAUUCCUACUCGGGAGAUUACCCCAACGCCUCCUCCUCCUACUCUCCCUUUGAGGAAAUCUACUGCGACGUUCCUCAUUUGCCGUGGGGCUGGAUCGUGCGCUGCAUCCUGUACUGCGUGGUCCUCUCGCUCGGCGUGCCGGGCAACGUGCUCCUCAUGGGGGCGCUGUGGGUCCGGCACCGCUUUCACUGGAGGCCCGUGGAGCUCUUCAUGAUCAAUCUGGCUUUCUCCGACCUGCUCUUCCUCCUGGUCCUGCCCCUCUGGCUGGACAGCGAGAUCUCCGGAGGCCGGUGGCGCACCGGUUGGUUCUCCUGCCUGGCGAGUUCCUACACGGCCUCCCUGAACAUGCACGCUGGCAUUUUCUUUCUCACCGCCAUGAGCGUUGACAGGUACCUAGCGGUGGUGCGCUCUGACAUCUACCGACGAAUCACGCACGUUUACAACAAGAACCUGAUCUCCGCGGCGUGCUGCGUCUCCGUGUGGAUUGUCUCCGUGCUCCUGGCCCUCCCCGUGCUGUUCGAGCGAGAGCACGUGAAGACCCACGGCACCUGGCACUGCCGCAACGCGGAUCCUUCCCAGCGCCGCCUCGCCUCCCCCCUCCUCGGCUCCGCGGCUUUCUUUCUGCCAUUGCUCAUCAUUCUCUUCUGCUAUUGCUGUAUCACCAAGACGCUGUGCCACCACUAUCACCGGACGCUCACGCAGGACAAGAAGCUGCGGCGUUCUUUCCGCAUCGUCUUCCUGGUGGUCGCCGUGUUCGCUUUCUCCUGGGUCCCCUUCAAUGCUUUCAAGCUGCUGGCUGUGGUCGAGGAAAUGUCCCUCCGCCGUUCCUGCCUGGCGGAAAAAGUCGCUCAACUCGGACUGCAAGUCACCGUGCCCCUCGCUUUCGCCAACAGCUGCGCUAACCCGGUCAUCUACGCCUGUACCGACGCCUCGUUGCGCCAGGCGGCGCUCAAGGGUUUUUGCCCCCGGCUCCACGCCGUGUUUGAAACGGGGAGCGUCUCGCGUACGUCGGACACCAGUCUGCCCCAGAGUCAGCUGUCGUGGAGAGACAGAGAUAGGCAGGGCAAUUCUAUAAGCCUCGUGCAGCUGAGGGGUUAGGAUGAAUGGUGUAGUAAUAAUAAAAGGGAAGCUGAGUCACGUGACUCGUGUCUCCCGCACGAUUGGCUGAUUCAGUCAGUCAGUCCUCCUGAUGCAAUGAAAAGAGCGCGAGGAAAUGUUUUUUUUUUAUUUAUUAAGAACUAUUUCUUUUAAGACGAAGACGACAACGCAUGACUUGACUGUGGAACCAAACUCAAGUGAAGCCACACACACACACUCACACACACACACACACACACACA